AUGCCGGUGCCGCUGAUCCAAAAGGCGAUUCUGGACGGCCUGGAGACGGUGCCCAACUCGGCUGUGUUGCUUAAGCUCCUGCCUGUCGUGCUGGUUCUGUACCUGAUCAGAAGAUGGUUCCAAGGAGCGACCAACACGUCCGAGAGGACCAUGCACGGAAAGGUCGUCAUGGUCACCGGCGGAACAUCUGGUAUAGGCGCUGAAGUCGCACGCGAUCUGGCCACACGAGGAGCCCAGUUGGUCCUACUCACCCAACACGCCCUGGAUGACUUUUUCCUCGUCGAGUACAUUGAGGAACUGCGCGACCGCUCCAACAACGAACUCAUCACCGCCGCUCAAGUCGACCUCACCUCGCUACACUCGAUCCGCCAGUUCGCCACCAAAUGGGUCGACAAUGCCCCUCCGAGACGCCUCGACAUGAUCAUCCUCUGCGCAAACACCUUGACCCCCAAGGGCGGAAAGAUUCAGAAGACUGGCGACGAUGUCGAGAUCAACUGGGGCCUGAACUACCUCGCAAACUUUCACCUCCUCAGCAUCUUAUCUCCGGCCAUCCGCGCCCAGCCGCCAGACCGCGACGUCCGCAUCAUCAUGGCCACCUGUAGUGCCUACAUCGGCGGCACUCUCCCAGUUACCGGAGUCAAGGAAGCCAAGAUCAGACAAAAGGAGAGAGCCGAGAGAUUCGACCCAUACUCGGCUUAUGCAUCGUCCAAGCUCGCCCUCAUGAGCUUCGCCCAGUCCUUUCAGAAACAUCUCUCUGCUUACGCUCGGCCCGACAAGAAUCCCAUGAACGCCAGAGUCAUCCUCGUCGAUCCUGGUCAGACACGCACCCCUGGAAUGCGCCGCUACCUCACCUGGGGCUCCAUUACCGGUCUCGUCCUCUACCUCCUCACAUACCCUCUCUGGUAUAUCAUCCUCAAGUCCNCCUCGCAGGGUGCCCAAUCCUUCCUCUAUGCCGCCAUGGAAGCCCAGUGGGGCAGAGGAAACGGCGGCUGGUUGAUCAAAGAAUGUCGCGAGAUUGCUCCCGUCAGAAGAGACAUGCAGGACGAAGAGCUACAGAAACAGCUUUGGGAAUAUUCAGAGAACAUGAUUCAAGAGGCUGAGAAGAGGGGAGCAAAGAAGAGAGCAGAAGCAAAGACUGGAGAGAAGAUCAAGCCUGCAGAGCCCAAGAAGCCUGAAGAGAAGAAGCUGGGCAGUAGAAGGACAAAGAAGGCUUGA